AUUUAUCAUAAUAAUGAGCAACGUUCCCAAUUCACAACAUCCACCUUAAGCUCCAUAAUAAGGUGCACCAUACUAACCACCAUAAUUCUAACCUGGAUUUGCUCCUUAAUAUGCUCCCGCUCCAGUGACUUAUGGUCCACCUCUCACUUCAUCACCAUUGAGAUAUUCUCAACCUCUUUAUUAGCCAUCUGUUGUAGCUUAGCCAGUAUAUGCCCCAUAAGUUGUCUAACAACCUGUGUAUGCUCCACCGGUUGUUUAACAACCAGUCUAUGCUCAACCAGUUGUUUAACAACCAGUUGUCACUCAAUCUGUUGUUGCCCAACCAGUUGUUGCCCAACCUGUCGUUGCUGCAUAACCAAUCAAAGGAGAAAGCAGAAUCGAAUAUGUUCCAUACGAAAAGACUGUUUUGGAAUAUGAAGAAGUCAGACAAAAAAUUCAAGUUCCAAGAGAAAGAUAUGUGACUGAUUAUUAUGCAGUUGAGUACUAAACAGAAUAUGUUCCAUAAGUAUUCCAAGAAAAAUACACAGGUACUUAUUAUAAAUAUCACAAUUAGAAUACGUCCCAGUCGAUAGAUAUUAAGAAAGAGUUGAAUAUUAUCCAGUCGAAAGAUAAGUUGUACACUAAUAAGCCCAACCAGUUGUUUAACAACCAGUCUAAGUUGUUUAACAACCAGUAUCAGUUGUCUAAUAACCAGUCUAAUAUGUUUAAUAACCAGUGGUCUAAUAACCAGUCUAAUAUGUUUAAUAACCUGUCGUCUAAUAACCAUUGGUUCAAUCCAUCCCAGUCUAGACUGUUCGUCCACCAGUUUAUGCUCCAGGAUCAUUACCUUUAGCCUAAACUGUAUCACCAAGAUUACCCCCUCAAGCUUAGGUAUUAUUUAUCACAAUUAAUUUAGACCAAACCUACUGGUUAAGCAUAGCCAAAAUAACCACAAUAAUAAUAGAAACCAAAGAGCUUUUUGGACAGAUUAUUCGACAGAGAUUGAUAUGAAUUAUUUUAUUAAGAUACAUAUAUCAAAUCAAAUUUUG